AUGAUUUCCCGCCGCCGAAUGGUGGUCCCGAUCACAAAGAAAUGGGAAUCGACUAUGGCUCGGAUUCAGAUUGUUCGCCAGGAUAAGGUGGUGCAGCUACUUGCCUUCCUCAACGACUUUAGUCAUGGAAGGUGUCUGAACUUUGUGCUGAAGAGUACCGACACUCUGGAGGGCUUCAACCGAUCAGGGAAGUUCUGUGUCCGCAUCGUGGACGCCAAAUUCGCCCUGCCCAAGACCGACGAUGAUCCAGCAUCCGACUUUGUCUGCUUGGACAUGCCCGACUAUCCCAGCGAGCAUGACGAUAUCGCCAUCGCAUUUGACUCGGAAGCUGAUCGGAGCAACUUCCAGGCGGCCGUUCCCGGGUCAAUACGUGAACCAUCUAGGAUGGGCUCGCUGCGGCGGUAG